AUGGCCAGUGUGAUCAGAGGAGAAUGUCCGUCUCCCGUGCCCCUGAAGGAGAAGCGCCUCCUGGAUGUCAGGAUCGCGGAGCUGCCCAGCUGGGUGCUGAUGCGGGACUUCACCCCCACGGGCAUUGCCGCAUUGCCGGCGCCUUUCGGGAGAGGUUACGAUCGGUAUUAUAACAAGUACGUCAACGUGGGGGAGGAGAGCGUCGCAGGCGUGUCCAUGGUGUUGGCAGCCUGUGUGGGUUUCAGCUACUGCCUGUCCUACAAGGAGCUCCAACAUGAGCGGUUACGCAAAUACCACUGA